AGUGUUGGGGUCGGGCCUGCGGGGAGACUCGGGGCCGCGGUGCCGCGGAAUUUCACUUUCGCUUCGGAAAAGUCAGAGGCGACGGGGAGGUCCCCAACGACGGCGGCCGGGCCCCCGGGAGUUAAUCCGAAAGUGCCGCAAGCUCGCCGGCCCGACGCACUGCACGUGGCACCGGGAAGUUGAUGCAGAGAGAGACAGAGAGAGAAAGCAAGAGACCUGAAUCUUGGGAAAGUCCUGCCGCGCCUCCGCGCAAUUAUAAAAAUGUAGGCUCGGGGGCCGCCCAGCAGCAUCCGCCCUCACCUGCUGCGCCCGCCGGCACGAGUCCACCCGCCUGCUCAGCGUCCGCACUCGACCGCUCAGCAUGUGCUCCCUGCGCGGCCUCCUCCUUGUGUCCACGCUUGUCCUUCUGAACGGCCUCAGUCUGGCCAGGAACCUGCCCGUGGCCACACCGGACCUGGGACUAUUCCAGUGCCUUAACCACUCCCAAAACCUGCUGAGAGCCGUCAGCGACACGCUACACAAGGCCAGACAAACUCUAGAAUUCUACUCCUGCACUUCUGAGGAGAUUGAUCAUGAAGAUAUCACAAAAGAUAAGACCAGCACGGUGAAGGCCUGUUUACCACUGGAGUUAACCAAGAAUGAGAGUUGCCUGGCUUCCAGAGAGACCUCUUUAAUAAUUAAUGGGAGUUGCCUGUCUUCUGGAAAGACCUCCUCUAUGGUGACCCUGUGCCUUAGUAGUAUCUAUGAGGACUUGAAGAUGUACCAGGUAGAGUUCAUGGCCAUGAAUGCAAAGCUUCUGAUGGAUUCUAAGAGACAGAUCUUUCUAGAUCAAGACAUGCUGGGAGCUAUUGAAGAGCUGAUGCAGGCCUUGAAUUCCAACAGUGGAGCUGUGCCACAAAACCCCUCCCUUGAAGAGCUGGAUUUCUAUAAAACAAAAAUCAAACUCUGCAUUCUUCUGCAUGCUUUCAGAAUUCGUGUGGUGACUAUUGAUAGAAUGAUGAGCUAUCUGAGUUCUUCCUGAAAGCCUGGGUCCCUGUCCAAAGUCAUUUUUAUAAAAAUUAGAAGGAAUGUGGGUUGAGAGUUGGGGAGGGAGGGUUGACCUGGUCCUACUGAAGCUCCCACAGGAGUUUUCCUUCUUCUGUGUACGUUAAUGUACCAUGCAGCAUUUGAAGGAUGACCCCAUGCCUUGGCAGGAACACAUUUGCUGUGCACGUUGUUUUCAAGUGUCUGUAAACAAAUUGCCCAGCGGGAAACAUGCCCACCCUGAUUGGGUUUUUCACACCCUCUAUUAGAAGAGCAAGAACCUAUAAGCUAUUUCUGUACCCUAGUGUUUAUAGCAACAAACACUUAAGCAUCAUUUAUUUAAAAGCUAUUUAUUGAUAUAAUUUUAUAUUUAUGAAAGCAUGUGAAAUAACUUAUAUUUAUUUAUGUUAUAUUUAUUUAAACUAUUUAUUAAGUGGAUUUGAAAAAUACCUACUAAAUGUUGUUCUA